AUGACACUUCUUCCGCAAGUUUGGCGCGAAAUCGUGAGCGCCCCGCCCCCUCCGCCCUAUUUGUGCAGACGAGGCCCCGCCCCGCCGCACGGCAGGGUCGCGGCGUGCUCGUGCGCGCGCAGGCGCCGGGGUAGUGCGGCCGCGGGCUCGCGCUCCCGGCAGUGUCCUUCUUGCAGGCUGCGUUCUGGGCCUUGCGAUGUCUCGGCCGAAGCCUACGUCGCGCGGCCCAGCCCCUGGAAGGCAAGCAGUUCUGAGCCGAUUUUUCCAGUCACGGGAAGCCUGAAGUCCACCUCGGCCUCUCUGGGUGCCGCCGAGAAAGCGGACCCUGGCUCCGCAGCGCCCCCGGCGCCCGCCGUCCCUCCUCAGGCUACAGAAAUUGACAGAAGGAAAAGGAGACCACUGGCUAAUGAUGGACCUGUUAAAAAGAAAGCAAAGAAAGUUCAAGGAAAGGAAGGAGCAAGUGACUCAGUAAUGUCUGGUAAUCCCGAGCCAAAGAAAUGUCUGAGGACCAGGACUAUUUUAAAGUCGCUGGAAAAGUUGAAAGAAUUCUGCUGUGAUUCUGCUCUCCCUCAAAGUAGAGUCCAGACAGAACCUCUCAGGCAGAGACUUGAAGUUUUACCAAAAUGUACUGAUUUUGAAGAUAUCAGUCUUCAGCGUGCAAAGAAUGCAAUUUCUUCUGAAGAUUCCAAAUCUCAGAGUACUCAAAAGGACAGCCAGUUUGGACCAUCUUGUAGGAGUUAUGAAAAUUUACAGAAAUCUUCUGAUUCUAAACCAACCAACAAACGAUCCAAAAGCAUCUAUACACCAUUAGAAUUGCAGUACAUAGAAAUGAAGCAGCAGCAUAAAGAUGCAAUUUUGUGUGUGGAAUGUGGCUAUAAGUAUAGGUUCUUUGGGGAAGAUGCAGAGAUUGCUUCCCGGGAGCUGAAUAUUUAUUGCCACUUAGAUCACAACUUUAUGACAGCAAGUAUACCUACUCACAGACUGUUCGUUCAUGUACGCCGCCUUGUGGCUAAAGGAUAUAAGGUGGGAGUUGUGAAGCAAACUGAAACGGCAGCAUUAAAGGCCAUUGGAGACAACAAAAGUUCACUCUUUUCUCGGAAGUUAACGGCUCUUUAUACGAAAUCUACACUAAUUGGAGAAGAUGUGAAUCCUCUAAUCAAGCUUGAUGAUGCUGUAAAUGUCGAUGAGAUAAUGGCUGAUACUUCUACAAGCUAUCUUCUAUGUAUUUAUGAAGAUAAAGAAAGUCUUAAGGACAAAAAAAAGGGGGCCAUUUUCAUUGGCAUUGUGGGAGUGCAGCCUGCCACAGGUGAAGUUGUGUUUGAUAGUUUCCAGGACUCUGCUUCCCGUUCAGAGCUGGAGACUCGCAUAUCAAGCCUACAGCCUGUGGAGCUGUUGCUUCCAUCAGACUUGUCAGAGCAAACAGAGACACUCAUCCACAGAACCACUGCUGUUAGGUAAGUUGUCAUGUCACUGGAAAAUAAUAAUGGUCCUCAAACUUAGGUUUAAUUCCAAAACAAAUACCUAGUAAUUCCAAAGCCAAUACCUAUUGC